AUGACGGCUUCAUAUUAUCGGAUAUUGGGUUCUACGUUCAAGCAAAUCUUAAAUGCACCAAGCGAGCAGCUUGCAUCAAUGCAAGAGAUGGAUGCUCUGGUCAACCAGGUUUCCGGUACUUCACCGUUAUACCAAGGGGAGAUUAUUAUGGAAUACAAACCUGAGAGACUUUGGUUAUGGCAACAAUACUCCGGCACGAUACUGCAGUUCAACGUCCAGACCACCUUGCUGAACAUGGGGGUAUGUGCUCUGUUCUGCAUCUUUGCAAGAGAGGCCACUGGGCUUCCAUUUUUCGAGGAACCCAACAUGGCUGUGCCUUUUGUGGCUCGUCUCCAACUCGUCCACGAAGUUUGGAACUACCAGACUGCGUUGACAACCUUUGUUUUGACUUUCUUUGUCAACCAAAGCUUUAGCUUCUGGAAUGAGAUUUACAUGCUGACACGGGACGUCCAAAACCACAUCAACAAUUUCAAUUUGGUCGUCGCGACUCAUACGAAACGUGACAAGAAAAACGAGUACACCAAAGAAGCUGUUCAGCUCCUUGAAGAAAUUGGUCAGUUUUCGCGGUUGUAUCACAUUUUGCUGUGGGCGAGUAAGGCUAAGCGAUUCCAAGCAUUAUCUACGCCAGAAGGACUGAGUCGAAUGGAGAGUCGAGGAUUGAUGACAAGUCGACAGCUGAAGGUAUUAGAAGAGCUGACUGUGGCACCGAAUCAAUUGUAUCAUGCACCACUGGAGUGGAUGGUUAUUCGGGCGAAUCAAGCUAUGGACAAAGGGGUCUUAGCUGACGAGGACGCCGUGAGAUCAGCCCUCUUGGCAGAAGUAAGGUCCAUGAGAAACUCUGCACGUGACAUUUCGGACAAAUUGGAAGGUCGGAUGCCGCUUGCCUAUAUGUCCAGUUUGUCCAGAUUUUGGUUGAUACCUUUGUGUUCACAUCACAUUUCCUUAUUUCCAGAUUUGGGAGAGUUUUCAGUGGCUGCGGUAGGUAUUCUUACUCUAUUUUACACAGGCCUGAACAACUUGGCCAAAAUCUUCCUCGACCCGCUCAACAACGAAGAAUACUGUGAAAAUUCUAUGUUCAUGAAUUUGGGCGUGCUGAUUAGAGAGACCAAUGCCGUAUCUACGCUAUGGAUGAAAGCUGGCAAGGAACUUCCAUUUUAA